GCCGAGGAUGCAUGUUGACUGGCGCCGAGGGACCUGAGUCAAUAUGGAUUAUGGAGGGCGAUGCGCUAGCAACCGGAGCAAAUGCUACCAUUAAUCCACCGCCACCUUUCGGCGCUCCAAGCUUGAAAUCCUUACUAGCUCGGAUCCCUGAGCAAACUGCCAUCCUCGCGGGCUUGAUUGUUGCAAGAGCGUUCCUACAGUUACACCGGAAACCACUCUGGGUCUUUCAAUUCGGACACCAAGUUUUCCCGAGGGAGAGGCCGAGAUGUUUGUACCAUCAAAAACUUCAAGAGAAGACAUUUGAAGUAGCUGUACAAAGAUAAUCAGUGCUUGUACCGAUUCUUUCAGCCUCCGAGUGUGAUCGAGGAGAACUGGGAGCUGCAUUGUUUGGAGAGUAACCAGAUAUGGCGGAGACGGCGCUCAUCAUGGCAAAGUCGGUCCUAGGCAGCGCCGUCAGCAAGGCGGCGUCAGCGGCCGGUACUGAGAUAAGCUUGCUGAUGGGCGUGCAGAAGGAGAUGUGGUUCAUCAAAGACGAACUAAAAACCAUCCAAGCAUUUCUGCAAGCACCUCAAGUAACAGAAAAAAAGGAUAAACUAGUGAAGGUUUGGGCAGAGCAAGUACGAGAUCUGUCCUAUGACAUUGAAGAUUGCAUUGACGAGUUUAUGCUUCAUGUGGGGCGCCAUAGCUUCUCAAACCUGUUGAUGAAGCUCAGAGAUCGGCAUCGAAUAGCUGUCCGGAUUCGCAACCUCAAAUCAAGAAUCGAAGAAGUGAGCAACAGGAAUGAGCGCUACAAGUUAAUCAAGACGGAAUCCUCCAACAUCACUGAUGAGAUGGAUUCCAACAUGGAAGAUAUUCGCAAUAACUCAGCAAGCAACAUUGAUGAAGCAGAACUUGUGGGUUUUGAUGCACCAAAAAGAGAGUUGAUUGCUAUGAUUGAUGUCACCAUUAUGGACGGUCCUGCUAAGGUGAUAUGUGUGGUUGGCAUGGGUGGUUUAGGGAAGACAACUCUUGCAAGGAAAACCUAUGAAAGCAAGGAGGAUACUCUGAAGAGCUUUCCUUUUAGAGCUUGGAUCACCUUGUCACAAUCAUUUUCCAAGAGGGCGAUGCUCCAAGACAUGAUCAGUCAAUUUUUUGGACCUGAUGCAUUGAAGAAACUCUUGGAACAACUUGUCGGGAAAGUGCUAGAAGACCGUCUUGCUAGCUACCUCAGAACACAGCUUCAAGACAAGAGGUACUUUAUUGUUUAUGAUGACCUAUGGGAAAUAAAUCAUUGGAAUUGGAUUAGUGGUAUUGCACUUCCUAGGUCAAAUAACAAAGGUAGUCGGAUAAUUGUUACUACCAGAGAUGCUGCCUUGGCAAGACACUGUACUUCAGAAUUACUCAUCUACGACCUAAAACCCCUAGAAAUAGAUGAUGCCAUGAAGUUGCUACAACGAAAGACAAACAUAACACAUGAAGAAAUGGACAAAGACAAGAACCUGAGCACAAUAGUUACAAAAGUAGUAAAGAAGUGUGGAUAUUUACCAUUGGCAAUACUCACAAUAGGAGGUGUUCUAGCCACUAAGAAGAAAGCAGAGUGGGAAAACUUUUAUCAAAAACUCCCUUCAGAGCUUGAAAGUAACCCAAGCCUUGAAGCAAUAAGGAGGGUGGUAACCCUCAGCUACAACCACUUGCCGUCAUGUCUUAAGCCAUGUCUUCUGUAUCUCAGCAUUUUCCCUGAAGAUUAUGAAAUCAAAAGAAGUCAUCUGGUUGGUAGAUGGAUAGCAGAAGGGUUUGUAAGAGCAAAGGUUGGGACAACCAUUGAUGAGGUUGGCAAAGAGUACUUUGAUGAGCUAAUCAGCCGGAGUAUGAUUCAAUCAUCAAGGUUGGGUAUGGAGGGAAGUGUUAAAACUUGUCGAGUUCAUGACAUCAUGCGUGAUAUCAUAGUCUCAAUUUCUAGAGAAGAAAAUUUUGUCCACUUAAUCCAGAGUAAUGGAAAUAAUGUACCAGAUGAAAACUUUCGUCAUGUUGCAUACCAUGACAGCAAGUGCCAAAAGGAAGGCAUGGAUUGGAGGCAUAUUCGGUCAUUAACUUUAUUUACUAAGGGGUCCUGUGGUAUGGAUCUGGAUCUCACACAUUCAAUUUCUACACCUAGGUUGAGGAUGCUACGAGUUCUGGAUUUAGUGGGUGAAAAUUUUAGAAUCACACAAGGUGGUAUAAAUAUUAUAGUGCUAUUGUGUCACUUGAAAUAUCUGGAUGUCAGGACUUACUGGUCAACAAUCUAUUCACUUCCGAGUGACAUUGGAAAACUGCAUGGCUUGCAAAUUUUGAACAUAGGGUAUACUUAUAUUACAACUCUGCCAACACAAAUCACUAAACUUGAAGAUCUCCGUGCCAUUCGCUGUGAUAGGAAUUUCCCUAACUACUUGGAUCCAGAUGAACCAGUGCAUUGUUUGUUUGCCACAUUGCGCCUGCCAAUCCUAUUAGCUGAUUCAAAAAGCCGUGACAGAGCAAUUGGUGAUCUACACAUGGGCUGCUCUAGUGGUUGGUCCAGAACUAGCAGAAAUGGAGUGAGGGUUCCAAGAGGAAUUGGCAACUUAAAAGAGUUGCAGAUACUAGAGCGUGUGGACAUUAGAAGAACUAGCAGCAAUGCAGUUAAAGAGCUCGGGGAGCUCACCCGAUUAAGAAAACUAGCCACGGGAACAACCGGGGCUUCCAAGAAAAAGUGUAAGAUACUUUGUGAAUCCAUUGAGAAGCUCUCUUCCCUUCGUUCUCUCACUGUGUGGGCCGGUGAAAACCAGGAUAGAGGACUUGGAUGGUUGAUUUCUUCUUCCUCCCCUCCUCCCCACCUGAGGAGCCUCAUGUUGUCCGGAUAUAUAGGAGAGAUGACUGACUGGUUCAGGAAUCUUACACACCUGGUGAAGCUUUCAUUAUGGGAUAGCCAACUAAAGGAAGAUAAAACCAUGGAGAUACUUGGGGAGCUGCCAAAACUCAUGCUCCUUCGAAUUUACUUCCGUGCAUCCCUUGGGGAGAAACUAGUGUUUGGAACGGGAGCAUUCCUGAACCUCAGGACACUUGAGAUUUGGAAUAUGGACGGCCUGAAAGAGAUUAGAUUUGAGGAGGGCACCUCCCGUCAGAUGGAAAGGAUAGAAAUCAAUUUCUGCAAUUUGAAGUCAGGGAUUAUUGGUGUCAAGCACCUUUUAUGUCUGAAGGUGAUUUCACUCGGUGAUUCUACGGUCGCCAGGCUUGGUAUGUUGGAAGAAGAAGUGAACACACACCCCAAUCAUCCUGUCCUGCGGCUAUCAGAUGACCGAAGCUACCAUGACCUGGAAGACGUUGAAGGAUCUCCCAUGCGCAGGUGGAAGCAACAGAAUCCAUUCUUGACCAUGCCUGCCAGAGAGAUCUCACAAGUGAUCACACCAACAACGACCAACAGACUGCUUCUAGUUGACGGCUUGACGUUGCUGCCUGCUGCUCUGCCUGUGUUGCUGUUCUGCUCCGCUCUGUCCGCCGCUGCUGCUGGUCUCGCGUGCCAGUGCCAGCAAGAGUACCUUACGUGGUGUUGGCAGCUGCUGCAAAAAUCUCCCAGUGUUUUAUUUGUUUCAUCGGUUUUGAACGACCAAAAUCGGCGACCAGAGGGGGGUGAAUGGGAGCCGUAAAUUUUCUUCAGAAAUAUUUUUGGCCACUGUCCCAAAGCACCACCAGACACAAACGAGCAUCUCGAAACUAAAUUACUCAAGCCAACCGGUGACAAGAGCACUUAGAUAAAUUUCCUGUAACAAUAGAAAACCAACGCAACUGACGGAAUCCGAUUCCGAGCUCAAACGACCAAACUGCGGACAAAACAAGAAAUCAAGGUCUGAAAAAUUACACUAAAAAAUCAGUCAGAAAAUCGUUCAAACAUCUCACUAGCACUGGACCAAAACGAAUGGGCCACUUGGACCUAAAUGUGCUGCACGGUUCAGAGCUGAGACAAUGAAACUGUUGGCCCUAGAAUCCUGAACUUGUACCAACAAACAGAUACUGCAUUGAUUGAAAUUGAGUUCAGAGAAAUCAAAUAUAAGCCGUACUGAUGAGAGCUGGACACUACCACGAGUG